AUGAAGUUUUCUUCUGGUGAAUUGUUGAGUGUCUUUGUUCUUAGCAGCUCCAUGGCCUCUUCCUCUGCCCAUGCCGGGGAGAAAAGACAGAGCUCGCCGACUGACGAAGGUGCUCCAAAGAAGAGUAAGGCGAGCGAAGCGAAUCCCUCCGUCAUCUCCCCUGUUUCUGGCGAAGAAGGCAUCAUUCCCAUCCCUUGUUCCUCCUCAGAUGCGGGCAAGUCUCCUACAGCCGAUCACCAGGGCGAGGCGAACGCCUCUGCUACAGCUCACCCCUCGCCGUCUGGUGAUCGCCCAAACUCUCCCACCAAUGUUUUACCAACUCCUCCUUCUCCAAAGAAUGUCGAUGGGGGGAAGGAAACCUCGCCCGAUCGCCCAAAGGGCCCCUCUAGCGACUCCAACUCCGAUCCAUUUUCCUUCCUUCUCUCUCAUCCAUAUCUUGAGAAGUUGAGGGAAGUUCCCAGCCAGAACCCGCAAGAUGUGGCUCAGGAAGCUGUGUCGAACCUUCUUCGCGCGGGUUGCCUGUUUGCCCAGGUAGCUUGGCAAGCUCGCCCCCUACCUGGCGCUGCUGAGCUUCGCCAGGAAGUGGAGACUCUGCGCGCCGCCAACCUUCGAUUUGAUGAAACUUGCUCCAACCUACGCCGCCAGCUAGCUUCUGAGGCGGAGAAAACGUCAAAGAUGCAAAAGAAACUUGCUGAGGCCAAACUGGCGCGGGCCGCGACGGAUGAGAAAGAAGAGCAUCUGGAAGCCAAGAUUGACGAACUCAAGCAGACCCUUGAAACUAAGGAUGCCGCCCUCGCUGCUCAAGAGAAAGAUCUUAUCAGCAAGGAAGAAGAGAUUGCCCAACUGCGUAAGGAUUUAUCGGACAGGCGCAAGGCUCUCGCCGACGCUCGUUUUGAUCUAGAGUCCAAGUGCAAACUUCUAACCGAUAACGAUGCUCAAACCAAAAUUUUGGAGGAGCUAAUGAAGAACAACGCAGCCCAGACAGCAGCUGUUGAACGCAUCCGGGGCUUCUUGAUCGCUAAGGCUCAAGUCAAACAUCUUCAUCCUGAUGUUAACCUUGACUCUUUGGGAGUUUUUAAGAAGAUUACACCUGCUGGGCUGGAAGGUGCUGAAGAUCCUCCGGGGGUUGCUGGCGUUGACCUAGGGGAUGCUGUUCAAACAGGAAUGAGAACAUAG